GCUAUCCAUUGUCCACUAACCCCACAAACCCAAUCACUCACUCACAAGCAAGUACUCCAGAAAGAACUUCAAAAAAUGAUAAAAAGCAUCGAGUAUUAGAAUAAUAAAAUAAGGAAAGGCUACCUCAUUUUUAUUUCUUCUCCUCUCCCCUCUUCUUGUUCUUAGAGUUGUCCCCAGCGCUAAAAAAGCCCCGCCUUUUGGCUCGUUCUUAGACUUACCUGCUCCAAGAAAGCUAGGGAGAUGGCGCGCACCGAGAAGGUUGCCGGUGAUAGCUGCUCCGGCUGCGAAGGCCAGGUGGAGGUGGAGGUCGGGGUGGGGGUGGACGGCAAGGGGCUGAUAGAGUGCCGGAUAUGCCAGGAGGAGGGGGAGGAGGGCGCCAUGGACUCCCCCUGCGCCUGCACUGGUACACUCAAGUUCGCCCACAGGAAAUGCAUACAAAGAUGGUGCAACAAGAAGGGGAAUAUUACAUGUGAAAUCUGCAACCAAAUUUACUCCCCAAACUAUGUCCUCCCUCCAACCACAUGUUGUUCAGAUGAAAUGGACAUGGAUCUUAGGCAAAACUGGGUUGGACGAAUUGAUUCUCAUGAUUCUCACUUUCUAGCCAUUGCCAUUGCAGAGCAGCAGCUGCUGCAAGCUGAAUUUAAUGAUUGUGUUUCCUUGAAUUCUAGUGGCGUCACAUGCUGCCGAGCUAUUGCUUUAAUUUUGAUGUUCCUUUUGCUUGUGCGCCAUGUGAUCGUCAUCGUGAGGGAUGUUAGCAUGCUACAAGAUGCAACAGUGUUGUUCAGUGCAACUCUUCAGUUUGCGGGAUUCUUCCUUCCAUGCUAUGUUAUAGCGCGUUCUUGCUAUGCUUUUCAACACCGGAGGCGAAGACAGGUGUAAGGACUUAUCUGAAUCUUGAAGAACACCAGGCGAACACCUGUCUUUGUACCAGGCUACCGAAGAAGGACGGAAGCUUGCAAAGUUCCCUUGCUUGGAGCCUCCCGAAGAUCAACUGUAGCGAGAGCUGCCGUCAUCGUGAAGAUACAACUGUAUAUAGGAGAGCAAAGCUUUUUAUAGCUGCAAAAUGUAUAACCUCACACACUUGGAUCGCAAAUGGAAGAAACAACCGAUGUUCACCAAUACCAUUGAAACAAGUAGAUACUUUUGAGCGCUA